GUAUUUCACAGUACUUUGCAUUUUUUGUGGCAUACACUUCAGUUUCUCAAGACUGUGGAGUGUAGCAAGAAUUCAAAUUUAAUAUUUUAUUUAGAUGUUUUCUCGUAUACUGUCGUGCUUGUUUGUCUGCGCUGAAACAGCAAGUUCUUUUACUUUUUAAAUCGUUUCAAAAAUCACUUCAACGACAACUUGUUGCUCAAAUAGUUGAAUUUAUUCAAACAUCAUCGAAAUAUGAAUCAUUUUAUACAAAAUUUCAAUUCAAACGUGUCAAACAUUUUUCCUUCACUAGAGCGGAAUCAGAUUCGAUUGACCGAGAAUAGAAGUGAAAUCCCCGAGCCUGAGAUAAAAGUUGAAAUGUCCUUUCCAGGGAAUAAUGGGAUGGAAAAUCUAAUUCCAAUCAUAAAUGGAUUGCUGGAUGCCUGCACACAAACUGGUCUCAGUUUAGAAUUGGAUCUACCGCAAAUUGCUGUGGUUGGAAGUCAGUCCGCUGGAAAAUCGUCAGUUUUGGAAAAUUUUGUCGGAAGAGAUUUUUUGCCACGCGGCUCGGGCAUCGUCACUCGACGCCCAUUAAUUUUGCAGCUAACCAACGAAAAAAAAGAAUAUGGUCAAUUUUUACACUGUCAAGAGAAACUGUUCGAUGAUUUUGAUAAGAUUCGUGCAGAAAUUAAAGCCGAAACUGACCGUACAACUGGUACGAAUAAAGGCAUCUCUAACGAGCCAAUCAAUUUGCGAAUUUUUUCACCACAUGUAUUGAAUUUGACACUGGUUGAUUUGCCUGGAUUAACUAAAGUUCCGAUCGGUGAUCAACCACCUGAUAUUGAAGAACAAACCAGAUCAAUGAUACUCCAAUAUAUAAGCAAAGAAAACUGCUUAAUAUUGGCGGUCACCCCAGCAAACAUUGAUUUGGCCAAUUCGGAUGCGUUGAAAUUGGCACGUGAGGUGGAUCCGGAAGGCAAUCGAACGAUCGGCGUGAUCACAAAACUAGAUUUGAUGGACAAGGGCACCGACGCUCAUGACGUUUUAGAAAAUCGAGUGUUCCCAUUGCAACGAGGCUAUAUCGGUGUUGUGAAUCGCUCACAAAUGGACAUUGAAGGUAAAAAAGAUAUUCAGGCCGCACUGAAGGCAGAAAUGGAUUUCUUUGUGAAUAGUCCAUCCUAUAAUCACAUGGCUGAUCGUUGUGGCGCUUCACACCUUCAAACGGUAUUGAAUCGGGAAUUGACCGAACACAUUCGAAAAUCUAUGCCCAAUUUGGAGCAUGAGCUGCGGAAGAAAAUUACAUUAUUUGAAGAUGAGGUUGGCAAAUUCAAAGGUCUGCAUUUGAACGAUUCCACCGAAAUGAGACAUAUGAUUUUGAGUGUUACUCAACAGCUUACAAGUGAUUUCAAAAAUGACAUUGGAGCAUUCGGUCAAGAAUCUGUUGAAACAAAUAAAUUGUCGAGCGGUGCAACAAUCAAUCAAAUUUUUCACAAACGGUUGGCAAAAGAAAUUGAAAAAAUUGAUUAUGCUGAAGGCAAA